UUUUAGGCUUAGUAUCUAUCUAAUAUAUGUUUACUUAAUAGUUGCAUUUAAAACUUGAUAUCGUUCUCUCCAUUUGCACUAUUUGUAGUUGCUAUACACUCUUGAUGGAAAUAUAGAAUUACCAACAAGCUUUAUUUGUUUCCAUCUGCAACCAUUAUUUCUGUGCUCUAUGUCUUUAAUCUUUCUCUGCAACAAAAAUACCUACGAAGUCGUGUUUCGUACCAAAAAAAUCAGAAAGCUGUCCUGAAUAUUUCCAUCACCACACUGAAUUCUAUUCAAACCACUUAACCCUGAAGUACAAAAAAUAUUGUAUUCAUUAAUUUACUUGAAGUAUGUCGAAAUAUGAUCCACAUAAGGUAUAUGAAAUUGGUUUCAUUGGGGCUGGAAAUAUGGCUCAAGCUAUUGGACUUGCUUUAAUAAAAAAAGGUAUGUGUAAAGCAGAAAACUUGCUUGUAUCAGCACCUUCAGAAAACAAUAAGAAACCAUGGAGAGAUAUUGGUGCAGCUGUAACAUCUGAUAAUGAUACUGUGUUUUGUAAUUCCAAAAUAGUAUUUUUAGCAAUAAAACCCCAAUAUUUUUUCAAAGUUGCUUCUGGGUUAUCUGUUUCUACUCUUGGACUCCCUUUAAAUAUUUUAAUAUCAAUUAUGGCUGGAAUACCACUUGGUGCAUUACAAGAGGUAUUUAAGUUAAAACCAAGCUGUUUAUUUAAAGUUAUGCCAAAUACACCUAGUAUAAUUGGAGAAGGAUUCUCAGUAAUUUCUCAUCCGAGUGAUGCUAAUUUGGAAGAAGUUUCUGAAAAUUUAUCUACUAUUAAAUUAUUAAUGGGUGCCAUUGGUGGAGUAGACAUUUUACCAGAAUCAUUAAUGAAUGCUGCAGGAGCCGUUUCAGGUAGUGGCCCAGCCUAUGCAUUUCUCAUAAUAGAAGCAUUAGCUGAUGGUGGUGUAAAACAAGGCCUUCCACGAGAUUUAGCUGUACGAUUAGCAGCUAGUGCAAUGUCUGGAGGGAGUCGUAUGGUUUUACAAACUGGUAAACAUACUGGUGAACUAAAAGAUAUGGUAACAUCUGCUGGAGGAUCAACAAUUGCAGCCUUACAUGCUUUAGAAAAAGGAGGAGUGAGAUCUGCAAUGAUGGACGCUAUUGAGGCAGCUACUAAAAGAUCUAAAGAAAUGGGAGAAAUAAAAACAUAAUUUAAACUGCUUGUUAUUAGAUUACUGUAUGUUUUGUAAUGUAUUUAAUACAAAUAUAAUAGUCAUUUAUUUUAUUAGUCUUA